AUGGAUUCACACACCUUCCAAGAAUUUCAGAGAGAACUCACAUGCUCCAUUUGCAUGAACUAUUUCUUAGAUCCUGUCACUAUUGACUGUGGGCACAGCUUUUGCCGACCCUGCCUCUGGCUCUGCUGGGAUGAAGCCCAAACGCCAAGGUGCUGCCCCGAGUGCAGGGAAAUAACAGACAAGGCAGACUUCAGCACCAACAUCGUCCUCAAGAAGCUGGCUUCCCUCGCCAGACAGGCCACGCCUCGCCCCGACAGCAGCUCUGGGGAGCAGCUCUGCACCGCACACAGGGAGGCACAGGAGACCUUCUGCGAUGUCGACAAGAGCCCGCUCUGUGCGUCCUGCUCUGACUCACCCGAACACGCGGUUCAUAGCCACAGCCCGGUGUCGUGGGCGGCGGAGGAGUACAGGGAGAAACUUCUAAAGAAAAUGGAUCCUUUAUGGGAAAUGACUCAGGAGAUGCAAAAUAAUCUAAAUGAAGAAGUUAGCAAAUCACAAUCGUUUGGGGAGUACGUGAUGUUAAGGAAGAACAUGAUCCAAACUCAAUAUCAGAUGAUGCAUCAAUUUCUCAUUGAGGAAGAGCAAUUUCAACUGGCAACGCUCAACAGAGAAGCAGAAGAAAUUUUACAAGAACUCAGGGACAGUGGAAUCAGAAUGGCCCAGCACAGAGAAGAGUUGAAGGAAAUGUACAGGGAGCUGACUGAGAUGUGCCACAAGCCAGACAUGGAGUUGCUCCAGGUGAGCAGGGAGGGUCCAUCCUCAGAGACAGGAGUCCUUGUCUGGGCAGUGUUGCCUGCAGAGAGCACUAACUUAGCAGACACAUUUGAAUGGAUUGAGUUGGUGCAGAGACAGAAGCCUCAGUCAGUGAACCCAGAGCUCCCUUCAUUGCACAUCACUGGAAUCCUGGAUAUGCUGAACCAGUUUAGGGUGAAUAAUGGAAUGAUUCAAGGAUGGGCCAAUCGCUAUAUGAGCCUUUCUGAGGAAGUUCGAAAUAGGGUAUUUGGAGAUGGUGGAGCAAGAGAAGAGCCCCAGAGAGUGGAGAGUUAUGCUGCAUGGGGUGUUGAGGCCUUUACCUCUGGCAAGAACUACUGGGAGGUGGAUGUAGAAAACUCCUGCAACUGGAUUUUGGGUGUCUGUAAAGAUUUCACAACAAGUGACAGUUUUGAUUGUGAGAAAGCAAUUUUCCUGUAUUCCUUGAAGAGGAACAACCACUGUAGUCUCUAUACCAACUCCCCACCCUUAACUCAUUAUGUGCAAAGGCCUCAGGGUCGGGUCGGGGUGUUACUGGAUUACGACAAUGCAACCAUGAGCUUCUAUGAUGUUUGCCGAGGUUCCCUCAUAUAUACUUUCUUUUCUUCCUCCUUCACCUCCCCUCUGAAUCCCUUUCUUUUCUUUGGUUCUCCAUAA